CCCGCGGGCAGAGCGCGGCCCCAGUCGACUGCGGGCUGCCUCCCGUGCGGCUGGGACGUUCGCGCUCCGUGCAGGGAAGUGGGUGCUGCAGACGUGGGCACCGCGCACGCGUGGGGAGCGGCCCCCGGGGAGCCCGCGCCGGCAGGACUGAGGCCUAGCGCCGCGUGGCGACAGGUGUUCUGGGGCAUCCCUGUCACGUGACCGGGGUGCCCGGCGCGCCCAGCACCUGGAGGGGGCGGGGCUCGUGCAGGCCACACCUCCUCCGGUCCAGGACCUGAGGACGGGGGCGUGGGUACCUCGAGGGUCUCAGCUGGGGAGGGCCGGGGAAGGGUGCUAGGCACCCUCAAAUUAGGGGAGGAGUGGGGGAACACCCGCCCUCGUACUACUAUGGCAAUAAGAAAGAGGGUGGCGCCCCUGGGAACCGAGGCCCUGGAGGAGAUGGAGGCGUUAGGGAUGCCUGGGGGGAGCCCCAGAUUCGAGCUUGAAAGGAUGAAGGCAGGCAAAUGAGCUCAGAGGGCCUUGGGGUGUGGUCCUGGCCCGACUUCAGAUUGCGGUGGGCGAGCCCCUGCCCCUCUCUCGGUCCCCAGCCCUUCGCCCAUCUCCCCGGUCCUGGAGGGACCAACCAGGGUGCAAGGCCCCACAUCCCUGGUCUGCCACAGGAUGAGCCUCUUGGCCGCGGCCGGGCUGUGGGGCCCGCCCGGGCUGCUCCUGACCUUCGCCCUGCACCCGGCUCUGUGCUUGCGCCCAGCCCCGACCUCGGGGCCCCCGCACCGGGACUACUGCGUCCUGGGCGCCGGGCCCGCGGGCCUGCAGAUGGCCUACUUCCUGCAGCGGGCCGGGAGGGACUACGCGGUGUUUGAGCGCGCCCCGCGGCCCGGCAGCUUCUUCACGCGCUACCCACGCCACCGCAAGCUCAUCAGCAUCAACAAGCGGCACACGGGCAAGGCCAACGCCGAGUUCAACCUCCGCCACGACUGGAACUCUCUGCUCAGCCACGACCCCCGGCUGCUCUUCAGACACUACUCCAGCGCCUACUUCCCCGAUGCGGGCGACAUGGUGCGCUACCUGGAUGACUUCGCAGACGGGCUGCGGCUCCACGUGCUGUACAACACGACCAUUGCCCACGUCACUCUGAACAAGGAUCGGCAGGCCUGGAACGGCCAUUACUUCAUCCUGACCGACCAGAUGGGCCACGCACACCGGUGCAGCGUCCUUCUGGUAGCCACCGGUUUGUCGGUCCCCAACCAGGUUGACUUCCCGGGCUCCGAAUACACGGAGGGAUACGAGUCUGUGUCCGUGGACCCCAAGGACUUCGAGGGUCAGAAUGUGCUGAUCCUGGGGCGGGGGAACUCUGCCUUUGAGACAGCAGAGAACAUCUUGGGUGUCACCAACUUCAUCCACAUGCUGAGUCGCUCCCGCGUCCGGCUGUCCUGGGCCACCCACUAUGUUGGAGACCUCAGGGCCAUCAACAACGGCCUGCUGGACACCUACCAGCUGAAGUCCUUGGACGGGUUGCUGGAGUCCGACCUGACGGAUCUGGCCAUCGUGAAGGACCGUGAGGGCAAGUUCCGCGUCACCCUGAAGUUCUUCCUGGAGGAAGGCAACCAGAGCGCCGACGCCAUCACCCUCCCCCAGGACGACAAUGACAACUUCGCCAUGCGCGUGGCCUACGACCGGGUCAUCCGCUGCCUGGGCUGGAACUUCGACUUCUCCAUUUUCGACAAGUCCCUCCGACUGUCUUCUGGGGGUGAGUUCAGCAAGAAGUACCCGCUGGUGAAAGCUAGCUAUGAGUCCAAAGGAAGCCGGGGUCUCUUUGUCCUGGGUACCGCCAGCCACUCGGUGGAUUACCGGAAAUCGGCCGGGGGCUUCAUUCAUGGAUUCCGAUACACAGCGCGUGCCGUCCACCGCCUGCUGGAGCAUCGCCACCACGGCAUCGCCUGGCCCUCCACUGAGCACCCCGUCUCACAGCUGACGAGCUCCAUAGUCCGGCGCAUCAACGAGGCUUCUGGGCUCUACCAGAUGUUCGGCGUGCUGGCCGAUGUCGUCCUGCUGAAGGAGAACGCCACGGCGUUUGAGUACCUGGAGGAGCUCCCCGUGCAGAUGCUGGCCCAGCUGGAGACCAUCACAGGAAGGAGGGCCAGGCACGGGCUCUUCGUCAUCAACAUGGAGUAUGGCAGAAAUUUCUCUGGGCCCGACAAGGACGUCUUCUUUCAUGACCGGUCCGUGGGGCACACGGAAGACGCGUGGCAGUCCAACUUCCUCCACCCCGUCAUCUACUACUACAGGCACCUCCCCACUGAGCAGGAGGUGAGGUUCCGCCCUGCCGACUGGGCCCUGCCUCGGCCCACAGCCAUCCACCACAUCGUGGAAGAUUUCUUGACGGACUGGACCGCCCCGGUGGGGCACAUCUUACCUCUGAGGCGCUUCCUGGAGAACUGUUUGGACACCGAUCUGCGAAGCUUCUAUGCAGUAAUCCCUACACCCAAUGGGGGGCUCGAACUCACAACCCCAAGAUCAAGCGUCCUACUCUCCACCAACCAAGACAGCCAGCCACCCCCACCCCAGCCAUAUUUCAUUAAUGCGACUCAAAGGGGUAGAGGCGCCUGAGUGGCUCCAGUCAGUUAAGCAUCCCGACUCCUAAUCUCGGCUCACAUCCUGAUCUCACAGUUUGUGAGUUCAAGCCCCGAGUUGGGCUCUGUGCCAGUGAGAAAAAGGACUAGUCAAGCAAACUAUGGACAUUCACCCAACAAAAUACUACGCGGCUCUCAAAAACGCCCAGAGGUGCGGUAAUGAUACACGUGUGACAAAGUCCAGCGAAAAGAAGCAGGACAUGAAAUUAUAGUUGUGAACUACUUAGAACUAUAUAAAACUAGAAAGCCACCCACAGGGGAGACUCUGACAAGGACAGAUCACAAAAUGUCAACAAUAGUGGUAUUAGGCUU